GGUAGUUUCAAAAUGGCGAUCCCCAGCGCAGUCCUGGCUGCUGGUUGGAUUCCUUUUGUUGUUGUGAUCGUUCUGACAUUUUUGUUUUCAGUCGCCUAUGUACGCUAUUAUAUGAGUAAAUAUGAUAGUGAAGUUUCUUCAACAAUUGCUGCAAUACUAGCUCUGACUGUGACAUUGCUUACGUCAGCUCUUGUGCCUGUGGACAUCUUUUUGGUGUCGUACAUGAAAACAUCAGAUGGAGGAUUUAAAGAAUGGGCAAACAACUCUGCCACACGGACAUCACUGGAGGAGUCAGUUUUGUAUGGCUACUUUACUCUCUAUGCAAUCAUUACGUUUUGUUUGUUUUUGCUGUUGCCAUUCAUGUACUUCUUCUAUGAAGAGAAAGAUGAAAACUCCACUUGUAAGAGUAGAUGUUGCUCAUCCCUCAAGUAUAUGAUUGUAUUUGUUAUCAUCGUAGCUGCACUGCUGUUAAUUGGAGCCUUUGUUCCCACUCGUGUAGUCCCCAAUGCCAAUCAAACAGAGUGGAAGAACAUUGAAUUGCUCUUUAAAGAUCUUGCAAGCAAUGGUGGUGAGGAUUCUCUGUCAUUUGUCAUCAGCUGUCUGAGUCUGCUGGGCAUGUUGGCUCUUGUCACAUACACAGCAUAUGGGAUGUCUGCCCUGCCUAUAGGCUUAAUAAAGGGUCAUAAAGGGGCCAAGGAGGAAAUGUUGGUGGUGCAGAGUAAAAGAGAAGAGAAUGAAAGCAGAAGACAAGCAUUGAAAGAAAAGUAUUCACGUCGAAAGCGACUGUCUGGACGUAAUGAGCAGCAGUUUUCCGACAUCGAUGAAAACAAUCACCUGAUGGAGCGACAAGAGCGCCUCCUGCAGAAGAAGGAGAGGAGCUGUCUACAGAAGUGUCUGCUGGUGUUACGGCCCUUCGAGAUGCUGUUUGGCUUCCUCUUUCUUCUCAUUGCCCUGCUCAUCUUUAUCUCCUUACUGCUCACCAAUAUUGACAAGGCCAUGCACAGUUUGGGGUACAAGCUUGGUUACGCACUUCCGCGACGUCAUCUUCCCAAUCCUAUCGACAUUGUGUUGGUUCUUUGUCAGCAGGUUUUCCCACUGGACUACAUCUUGAUGGUUGGAGUGAUUGCCUACUUUAUCUUCUGCUCCAUGUCUGGUAUCAGAAAUAUUGGCGUUUGGUUCCUUUGGAUUCGGAUGUACAAGAUUCGGCCUCGUCACACCCGGCCCCAAGGUCUGCUCAUGUUGUGUAUGAUCAUGAUGUUCAUUGUGCUGGCUAUCAACAUCGUUGUCUAUGAACUCACCCCGCAGUACUCGAGCUUUGGCAGUCAGGUCUAUAUUGCAAAUUACACAGACCCUACAAGUAACACGACUUCCCACAAGACUGAGCCAUGUUCAACUGAAGUUAAAGACAGCUGUGUGAUUACUCGGAUGGCGCUACUGCUGACAAGGUUUUUCUACAAGAUGUGGUUCUUUGGAGCAGCCUAUUACUGGCUAACUUGGGUUUUUCUCGGGAUAUAUCUGUUUGGAUUCGUUGUGGCCGUGGUAAAGCGAAAGAGGUCUGCGAUUGAUGGGGAGGUGGAUGAAGACGACUUUGAUGAAAGUGAUGAAGACUUGAUUCGAGCCUAGACAGGCCAAGGCUCAAUUUCUCAUUGAUGGUUAAACCAUGGUGAUUUGAACCGCAAUUCAAAUGAAAACUGACCACGUAGAUGUUUAUCACUUAAAACAAAUAUUAACUAGAAAAAAAACAUUGAGGACAAGCAUAAUUGAGUUAUAAGAAGGUAUACACAUUAUUUAUGUUCAAACUUGCAUGAACUAAAAUAUCUAAGUGGUUGAUUGUUUAUUUAAAUUGGGACUGAUGGUUGAAUCUUUAACGAGAAAUCAAACUGGAAAAAAUGCGAAUUUAUGUGCAUGUUUUAUGAACUUUAAGCUAAACUAACAGAUUUGUUUAAUGAAUUACUGUGGUUAUGUUUUAGUUUCUACUUUUUCUACCUGUUCCUUAGAUCUCCUGAAUUGAAAUAGGGCUUUUGAUCAGUCUCCCUUAAUAAACCUAUUUCCCUGUUACCAGGUUCACCAUGAUUAUUGAUACAUAAAAGACGAUGCUAAAUGUUUUGUCAGUGGAAAAAUGACUAUAAAAUACUUUUUGUAGGAGUAGCAUAUAUGCUGGCUGCAUGUUUUCUUUAAAACGUAAAUCAAAGUGUUGCAAUUGGACACCUAAUUGCUGAUCAGUGUUUCUGUCAGAGAUAAAUUUUUGGGUAUGGCACUAUGGAAUUGAAUGGUGGGGGUGGGGGGGGCAGAAAGAAAAUGAGUUCGAGUUAUGGUUAGGGUUAAGAAAAUCAUACAGUAAUGAUAAGAGUAAUUAUUUUUGUCAAAAGGUUAACUCAAAAAAAAAAAUCGGCAAACAAUUUUGGGUAUGGCACCAUACCUGUUUUACCCUUUGGCAGAAACCCUGCAGAUUGCUGACUGAAACAUAUAUUGGCUUGCCAUUCCAUUACUCAGGUUUGUUCUGACUGUUUCGAAGUUUAAUGAGUCUUUGUCACCAAAUCACUUCUUGAUCUUGGUAACCUUGGUUUUGACUAUCAUUCCUUGUGACCUUGUUGGCAUUGUUCAGUGGGUGACAUCCAACAGCCAAUGAUUAAUAAAUCAAUGUGCUCUAGUGGUGUUGAACAAAACAAACAUUUUUUUGUUUUUGUUCAGUGGAGUAUGGUAGUUGGCCAAUUUAGAAGGACAAUAUGGCCAAGAACUGAAGCAAAAAUUAGUUUAAAAUGUAUUUUAUUCCUGUAAAAGCUUCUCGCUCUAUAACCUAUGUUACAAAGGCUGGUAUGUACUAUCCUGUCUGUGAGAUAGUGCAUAUAAAAGAUCCCUUGCUGCUAAUCAAAAUGAGUAGCUCAUAGAGUGACAGCAGCAGGUUUCUUCUCUAUUAAUGAUCUGUGUGAUCUUUAACUAUGUGUCUUCUUUUUGUUUUCUUUGUCAGCACCUUAGUAUGUAGUUGAUCUCUAACAGUGGUGACUUUACAUACAAAAUUAAAGUCAAUUUAAUAUCUCCUGAUUCACAUGAUCCUGUCUGAAGCUAUUGUUUAUUUAUAGAAUGCAAUAAUGUCUAUAUAUUGAAUAGUGCUAUAUAAUCAUGAUAAUAAUUUGGGGCAGGACAUAGCUGAGUAGUAAAAGGCUCACUUGAUGCGCCGUUGGUCUAGGAUCGAUCCCCAUUGAUAUAUUUCUCGUUCCAGCAAGUGUACCACGACUGACAUUUCAAAGACCAUUGUUAUGUCCUAUCCUGUCUGGGAUGUUGCACAUAAAUGAUCCCAUG